GUUUAUCUUAUUCCGGUACCAAUAUGGCGGCUGAGGCAGCAGAGGAGGAAGAAUCCCUGAUUCAGGAGCUGCAAGUGCUAGAAUCUAUUUACCCUGGCGAACUCCAGAUCUCCCAGGGAGAGAGAGUGGUUCUUGGCAUUACCCUCCACCCAGCCACUGGCCACGAUGAAGAAACACAGUAUGUCAGAAUUACCCUGGAGCUGUCUCUUCCUCCUAAGUAUCCUGCAGAGGUACCAGAGAUCAGUGUGAAAAACCCCCGAGGUCUGUGUGAUGAACAGAUAAAUAGCAUUGUCAGCUCUCUGCGUAUUAUAGCUGAGCAAGGUGUCGGGUGCCCGAUUCUCUAUGAGAUGAUUGAGAAAGGGAAGGAGAUGCUGACAGCCAGUAAUAUCCCCCGUGGCCAUUGUGUCAUCUGCUUAUAUGACUUCAAGGAGGGGGAUUCACUGACCAAGACGCCAUGUUUCCACCAUUUCCAUUCGUACUGCCUGGGUCGGUAUGCAGAGCACAGUACAGAACAGAAGCGGUCGGAGGAGCUUUCCGUAAUGUGCCCUGUUUGUCGCGAGGAUGUGACCUGUGACGUCGGCAAACUACGAGCGGCUCCACCACCCUUGCACCCAGAGGAGACCUAUACCCCAGAUCGUGCCACCCUAAAGAAACAGAAGGAGCUGCGCCAGAUUUACCAGGUUCAGCUCGCUAAAGGAGGCAUAAUUGACAUUGAGGCGGAAAAGAAUCGCUUUUUCAUCAGCAUCCAAGAGCCGCCGCCACAAUUUGAUACUGUCCUUGAGCCACAGCCAGAUGAUGAUGUCCAGUCACUACAGCCAGGGGUAGAGCCCCCACCACCUCCAGUGGAGCCCAAACCUCCCUCCUCCAGAGGCCACCCUGACCGGCAAAGACAAGGAUAUCGGAAUCAGCACUACCGGCCUGUACAUACUGACCAUAAUGCUAACAGCCAUAUGUACCAUGGAAGAGGGAGAAAGCCCCACGGCAGAGGCAGACCUGAAAGAUACGACUUAAGCGGGGAUGGUAAACCAGCCAUAAGCAGAGGCCAUGAAGUGCCAGGGCGGGGGAACUACAGGGGUCGCAAUUUUAGGAGUGGUGCAAUGGUCCAGCUGCCUCCCAGAGGCAGAGGAGAACAGUAUUUGAAAAGCAAUCCCCUUUAGCACAUAAUUAUCCGGCAGAACAUUUUUACCAAUAAGCAGAUUAUAUGUUAAUUUAUGCAAAAAGCAACACAGCCAUGUGCAGUGACAGGCCGAGGUGCAAUAAUCAGACGCUUGGUGCUGUGUGAAUAAAGGGCAGAUAUAAAGAUUAUGGGGACGUAUGUGCAAUAACCAAGCUGGGUUGGGGCCAUGGGCUAUUCUAGGAUAGCCAUGUGACCGUUAUUGAUUGAUCUGGGCCACGGCUGUGUGCUAUAAGGAAGGAAUCUAUAAUCCAGGGCAAGUAUGCGCUACACCAUGCAGCAACUGCCACAUACAAAAUGCCAGGCAGAACUUCAUGAUGGGAUUCUCUAUCCUCUUAGUAGCAGUCGUCAUAGUCACAGUGCAUAAGGCUUGAUGCCAUGCCAAGGUGUCCCAUUUAACAGAUGCCCGGCCCAGUGAGACUGUGUGUUGUAAUAAAAGGAACUGUGUGAUGUGCUUAAAAAACAGAUGAGCUGACUGUGCUCUGCCGAGAGCAGUGGUUAAAGGGACAAAAUAAAGGAUUUGUUAUUGCCUGAAA